AUGUCUACAGCUACAACCCAGCGCCGGCCUUCAUCCUCCCCCUACCUCCUCUCCCCUGGCGGAUAUGACGAUGAUGCCUCGCCUAUUCGUGCGCUGUCUGACCAGGAGUCAGAUUCUGAAGAUGACCAGCUCAUGGAAGCUUCCCGGAGCACACUCGAUCUAGUUCAGCACGAUCGUACGGUGUUAGAAGAGGAAGAGGAGCGAGAGCGCCUGUUGAUAAGGGCAAAGUCUAGCCCCACAGAUGGCCUGAGAAGGAUAUUUGGGGCCACACCUCAUGACAAUGGGAGUUUUAGUGUGAAAAUUGGAAAGAGGGACAGAAGGAGACGGAGAAACGAAUCCGCAAUGACAAGAGAUCGAAGGAGACGGAGGAGCUCUGCACAGAGCAAUAAUGACGCUAUGAAUAUUGGAGAAGAGGAUGAAUUAAUGUACGAGAUGGAAGAAGGUGUCUGCAAAGCUAUAGAAUCUGAUGACGAUUCACGGUCAAUGUCGACAAUAAGUUCAAUAUCCAUCGAUUUGGACCCUAGAGUUAUGGGUAACGGGGGUCAUUAUGGCAAUGGCUCAUCGUGUCGAAUGAUGUCUCUCCUUUCCUUCGCUAUCCUGAUUUUAUUUUCCCUGCUGUACCUAGGCGCGUAUAAGGCUUCAAGUGGCUACCGGAUAUCUCACCAACAACAGCCCAAUACUAUAUCUAACGGAACCUCGAUUUUUCUACCAACCACUAUUCUCAUUUCCCUUGAUGGAUUUCGAGCAGACUUCCUCACCCGCGGCCUCACGCCAACCCUCAACUCAUUUAUAGCCAAUGGAAUUUCGCCCAAGUAUAUGCUCCCAAGCUUUCCAUCCGUAACAUUCCCUAAUCACUUUACCCUAGUAACAGGACUCUACCCUGAGAGCCAUGGAAUUGUUGGAAACACUUUUUGGGACCCUGUGUUAAAAGACGAUUUCUACUAUACGAAGCCUGGAAAGAGUAUGCAGCCAAAGUGGUGGACUGCCGAACCCAUCUGGGCCACUGCUGAGAAACAAGGGGUGAAAACUGCCAUUCACAUGUGGCCGGGAUCAGAAGCACAUAUAAUGGGAAUUGAGCCCACGUUCCUGGAUAAAUUCAAUGGAAGUGAGGCUCUACCCCGGAAAGUUGAUCGAAUAUUCGAUUUUCUAGACCUUCCGGGGGAGAAUGAUGAGGAUAUUCCACCGUCCAUCCAGCAGCGGCGGCCUCAGCUCAUUGCAGCUUAUGUUCCAAAUGUGGAUGCCGCGGGACAUAAGUUUGGCCCUAACAGCACGGAAAUUAGGACAACGAUUGCUAACGCUGAUAAAAUGCUGGCUUCUAUCCUUCAAGGCUUGAAGAAAAGGAACCUAACUAAUGUUGUCAAUAUCGUGGUUGUCUCCGACCAUGGAAUGGCUACCACUUCAACGGACCGACUGAUACAACUUGAGGAUCUAGUGGAUCUCAACCUGGUCAAGCGUAUCGAUGGCUGGCCGCUUCGAGGACUUGUACCAAAACGAGAGGAGGAUAUUCAAUUACUAUAUAAUCAAGCAAGGAAUCACUCCGUCUUCCUGGGGUUUGACGACUACCUUGAAAUAUAUACUCGGGAGACGAUGCCGGAACGUUAUCACUUUUCGAACAAUGAUAGAAUUGCACCAGUGUGGAUAAUCCCCAAGACUGGCUGGGCAAUCGUCGAACGACCAGACUUCGAUGUGCAAAAGGCUCAGAAGCAUGGCAUAGCCUACAGCCCAAGGGGUUUGCAUGGAUAUGAUCAUGAGCAUCCUCUUAUGCGAGCUAUAUUUGUUGCUCGUGGGCCCAGUUUCCCACACAAAGCGAAUAGCCGAGUCAAAGAAUUCCAGAACAUUGAAGUAUAUAAUAUAAUAUGUGAUUCACUACGAAUUAAACCUCGUCCCAAUAACGGCACCUUGCGCCUUCCCUUGAAGCCUGUUGGACUACACUCCGAUGGAAAAACCGCUCCCAUCGAAAAUCUAGACGAUCUAGAUCCACAACCAUCGAUCACAGUACCAGCUCCUACCCGGCCCCCUCUCCAACGUCCAACUGCCCCUGCGGAGGAAACCAGCACACCUUCUCCUCCCGAGCCAGCUGAUCAAAGCCAGAAAAAGACUUCAUCCUUUUGGGGUAGGGUUAUAAGCAGGUUCAAAGGCUGGACAAAUUAUUUGAUCAGUUCGGUAGGGUUAGGAUGA